UGCUCGCCAAGCCGUGACGUGUACGACUCGGCAGCUGGGCUCGUGUCACGUGAUGGACUAAAUAAAAGUGAUUGCCUGUUUGCUGUUACCUGUUGACGACGCUUUUACUUAGCCAGGACAGAAUCUGCCGUCUCCUGUGAACAAACACCAGCGCCUGACUAUUUGUGAAUGGUGGAGGCUCAGUAACGAUGACGUUAUGGUUGACCUUAUUGCUGGCUGUCACUGUCGGCGCUGUCGGGAAUGAAAGCUCUCCUGGAACAUACAUCAUCACCUUUGCCAAAAAGAUCGCCCCGGGAUGGACAGUUCCUAUCCGAGUACAGAUUCUGAAUGCAACACAGCCAGUGUCCAUCCAGAUAGCUCUUGUCAACCGUACAUCAGACACCAUCAUACAGAGUACAACAAGGUCCUUCGCACAGGGUCAACCACAAACAGUUGAUUUCCAGAUACCUAAAGACUUGAACAGACCAUGGAGAUGGAAUGAGCUGCAGUUCAACUUCACCGGCACCGGCGGCCUCAAGUUCAGAUCGUCAGAGACUUGUGAAUUCAAUGAGAAGUCCAAGUCCAUCUUCAUUCAGACCGACAAGGCAAUGUAUAAACCCGGGCAACAGGUUAAGUUCCGGGUUGUAGCAGUCUACCCUGACCUGAAAGUGGUUCGAGAGCCCAUGGAUAUUGUCAUAUAUGAUUCAAGCAAGAAUCGUAUCAAACAGUGGCGAGGAGCUACAGAUCCCAGUGGUGUUGUUAGUCGCGUCCUCGCCAUGUCAUCGGAUCCCGUUCCUGGAGACUGGAAGAUAGAAGUUACACUUGAUAGAUACAAAGAAACCAAAAUGUUCACCAUUGCUGAAUAUGUGUUGCCAAAAUUUGAGGUGGAGACCAUCCUGCCAUCAUACAUAACAUUGAACAUGACCUCUGUGUCGGGAUCUGUCACAGCCAAAUACACACAUGGCAAAGGUGUGGAUGGAACAGCCAAUAUCCACAUUCGUUUCUCCUACUAUUAUGGUAACUUUGGCUCCAAGAAAAACCCAUUCAUUCGGAAAAGAGUCCAGGUGGUGGAUGGCAAGGGUGACUUUGACUUUUCACUUGAUGAGCUGCGUGUCUUGGCCGAUGAAGGAGACACCUAUUCCAUGAAACCUUUGCUUGCAGCAGAUAUUAACCUGCAGUAUCGGAGCAUAAUAGUUGAAGCUAACGUCACUGAAACACUUACAGAAAAGACACUUAAUGCCAAGCUGAUACGCAAGACAAUAUAUGAAAAUAGCUUUAAACUGAACUUUAUUGAUGUUUGUCCAGAUAUCUUCAAGCCAGGAUUGACCUACCUGUGUGGGUUGCAAGUAAGCCAACGUGAUGACAGACUUGUAUCACCACAAGAUCUGGAAGAAGUGAAUGUUACAAUAACUUAUCAAGUGGUCCUGCCCACCACACCAGCUCCACCCACCACCACUACCACCACUACCGCCAAACCCAAACCCAAACCAGACAUGGUGUUGGAAGGUAAUGGAACAACUGGUUCAGGGCGCCCUCUUCCACCCAUUACUAUGGUCGACCCAGACUUCAGACGACCAGGGCCUGGCUAUUACCCCCGCUACAAGACAGUUGUGCUCUCUUCCAACAUGGUCAACUUUAACCCCAAAACAGGCCUUGCUGAAGUUAAGGCAAACAUACCAACUGAUGCAGAAAGCAUUAAUUUGCAGGCUGAUGGUUUUAACACCCAUGCAUACAGAUAUGCCAGCAAGAGUCAUUCCCCUUCGGGGAGUUAUAUUCAGCUCACAGUCCCCGAUGCCCAAACUCGGGUCGGUGACAACAUGGAAUUCCAGUUAAGAUCCACAACACCCAUAUCUGACUUCACCUACCAGGUGCUGUCUCGGGGCCGCACUGUUGCUGUUCAGGAUGUAUCUGUCCCUUCUCCAUCAUCCAGCAACGUCUUCGCUAUCCGUAUGACAGCCGAGAUGGCUCCCAACCCUCAGAUUGUUGUGUACUUCCAACAUGAUGAUGGUGAAAUUGUCGCUGAUGCUAUCUCAAUAAAAGUGGAUGGAACAUUUGAUAACAAUGUUCGUGUGGAGUUUGAUCAGCGGAGCGUGAAACCUGGAGCAGCUGUGAAUGUCAAAGUGCACGCGGACCCAGAUUCUCUGGUGUUCCUCCUGGGUAGGGACAAGAGUGUCCUGCUACUCAAAGAUGGAAAUGAUAUUACGGAAGAGAUGGUUUCACGAGAGCUCAUGACAUAUGACUAUGGUUCCUACUUUGGAUGGUUUGAUUCGUGGUUCCGUGGAUGUUGGCUUCCUCGCUCUUCGGGGGGUACUGAUGCCAAAGGAGUAUUUUCCGGGGCUAAUCUUGCCGUUGUGACUGAUGCCAAUGUCUACAAACAUAGAGAUUACUACUACGAUAACAGAUUUCGUCUUGCAGUCGAUAGUCCAAUGAGUGCUGGGGGUUUUGGCGGUGCUGAGGAUUUUGGCGGUCAGUCAAAUGCAGUUCUUGAGCAAGGAAACUUUAAAUCUGUGGAGAGAACACGCAGUAAUUUCCCGGAAACCUGGAUUUGGGACAUGGUGGUUAUUGGUACUUCCGGACAUAGCGACUUGUCAUUGCAAGCUCCUGACACCAUCACAACGUGGAUCACCAGCGCCUUUGCUGUGAAUCCAGAAAAAGGACUUGCUGUUGCUACCCGCACUGCGAACCUGACAACUGCACGCAAACUGUUCUUGAGAUUAGAACUCCCAUAUUCUGUUGUUCGUGGAGAAGAGUUUGUGCUGCAGGCGACAGCAUUCAACUACCAUGAACGAGAUCUGCCAGCUCUCAUAAUUCUGAAACAGAACGCACAGUUCCACAACGUUUUCCUGAGUGCAAGCAGAGGCCAAGAAAAAGACAUAUACUCAACUCAGCAGUCACAUUCUAUUGAUAUACCAGCAGGUAAAGGUCGUGCUGUGUACUUCGUGAUCAAGCCUAUGGUGGUCGGUGACGUGAUACUGGAGGUGGAUUUAUUGUCCUGGGAGUCUGGUGAUGGUGUGAGGAGAAUCCUAAGGGUAGAGCCUGAAGGAUUGGAGCGCACAGAAAAUGUUGCUAUGCUGAUCGAUCUCCGUGAAUCCUUAACAUUCCAAGAAAGUACAUCAAUCGAUUUCCCUGUACAAAUGGUUGAGGGGUCACAAAAAUUAAGAGUCAGUGUUGCAGGUGACAUUCUUGGUCCUUCUCUGACAAAUAUUGAGAAUCUAGUGAGAAUGCCUGGUGGUUGUGGAGAGCAGAACAUGGUGAGAUUUGCACCAAACAUCUACGUCAUGAAGUACCUACAGAGAACUCAGCGACUGACAACACCCAUCAAAGACAAGAUAGAAAUUUACAUGGAGAAAGGAUACCAAAGAGAAUUGCGCUAUAAGCACAGAGAGGGAUGUUACUCUACCUUUGGAGAAUCUGCCACUUACAGCUAUGGUAACAGGAACUGUAGUAUGUGGCUGACAGCGUUUGUACUGAAGUGUUUCACCCAGGCGUACCCUUUGAUUCCUGAUGUUAUAGACACCAACGUCUUGUCCCAAGGCUUGCAAUGGAUAGUCCACCAGCAGGACAAGGAUGGUAGCUUCCCGGAGGAGGGACAUAUUUUCAAUAAGAGAAUGCAGAGUGGUACGGGGAUGGGUGUUGGCCUCACAGCAUAUGUCCUCAUUGCUCUCAAGGAAGCACAGGCUGCGCAGGUGCAGUGGCCGUCUAAUAAUGAUGUCCCUUUGGAUACUCUCGGUGGUGACCUAUCUCGUGCCAGCCGACCAGAUCAACGAGAACCAGCAUCAGUACUAACAGACAAAAUGCUCUUGGACUCUGCUAGUAAAGCAGUUCAAUAUCUGGAGUCACGGUUGGACACCCUGAACUCAACUUAUGACAAGAUCCUUGUGGCCUAUGCUCUCGCUCUUGCGGGUAGUGAGAGGGCAUCUGAAGCUCAGUCCAUCGUUGAAGCCGCUGCUGUCAGAGACGUAAGCUCUGUACACUGGAAGGACCCAUCACCGCCCAAGCCUACAGGAUACUUUCACUAUCGAUGGUACCAUGACACUGAGGCAAAGAGCAUAGAGAUGACAUCAUAUGUGCUACUUCUCUACUCUCUAACAAACAAUGUGACAGAAGGACUUCCAGUUAUGCGGUGGAUCAGUAACCAGAGGAAUGACAGGGGAGGCUUUAUGUCAACACAGGACACGGUUGCCGCCCUUGAAGCAUUGUCAAAGUUUGCUGGUGAUGUGUAUUCCCCACAGACAUCAAUCAAUGUGUCUGUCAACAUACAAAGUUAUUCCAAGAACUUUGAUGUCAAUCCUAACACAGCUCUUUUGCUGCAAGCCGAUGAUAUUCCAAUGGCCAAUGUACCAGGUGUGCUGACGGUGACUGCUUCAGGGUCUGGGGUCGCAGUGCUACAGGUGCUUAAACAGUAUAAUGAGAACCAACCUUCUAUUAAUCCCAAGUUUGAAUUACGCGUAGAAGUCCUUGAACAGACAGACAGGCAAUUUGUGUUGAAGACAUGUUUCCGCCAUCUGGAGGAGGGAAGUAGCGGAAUGAGUAUUCUCAACAUUGGAGUACCCACUGGCUUUGAUCCGGACCUGAAUGAGAGGACACAUACUGCAGUCUUCUCACGCUCAGAGAGAAAUGAAAAUAUUCUCACACUUUACUUCAAUGACAUUUCAGAUAGCGAGGGAUGUAUCAACACUGUGAUGACCAUGGUUGAUGUUGUAAUUGACACACGACCUAGCACAGUGACACUUCAAGAAUACUAUGAACCAGAUAAUGCAGUUUCAACCAUGUAUUCGCGGAAGUCCACUCAAAUGUGUAGCGUGUGCCCUCAGUGCAGUUUCCGAUGUCAAACAAGACUCAACCGGUCAUGUAGACGGCAUGUGUUAACAAUGAAACACAGAUACUGUUACUAUCAGCCUUCAAACCUGACCUGCUGCCUUGGAAUAUGUUAUGAGCAUACCUACACUCGUUGGUAUGGCAUCUAAAUCCUGCUUCAUCAAAGGAAGCACAUUCUUUAAAUGCAUUGUGCAUUUUUCAUGCUUUUAUUAAAUUCCCAAAUAAUUUGACUAAGCAGAUAUACCUACUGUAUUUUUUCCAGGGUUGUGUUUUGUUUUACAGAGCAUCAUAAAAGAGGGCUUCAGUUAAAAAAAUGUAUAAGGCUCGAAUCUUCUUUCAUUCAGCUUCAGCUUCUUUCAUAAAAACAAAUAUAUUGUUACAUGUAUUGCAGAUAGCAUAGAAAGGACUAUAGUACAGUAGUAGUGUUUUUUCGAGAUUCAAGUGUUUUUGUGGCAUCUACUAUACAUACACGUUAUAUGAAUAUUAGUGAGAAGAAAUUAUCAGUUUUCUGUGAGUAUAUUUUCACAUAUAUUCACAUAAGUCAAUGAAAUCCAUCAAAAUAUCAAACUAUAUCUAUGUUUAGAUAUCUGUUAUGCUCUGUGUAUGUAAUACAACUUUCGUUACCUUUCUAUUUUUUAUGAAGCAUACAACUUUAUGGAUAACUUUUUAAUGCAUAGAGCGACGUUUCAGUGAAGAUUUUUACCUUUUCGUUGGGUCUGAAAAGUUUGUUUGCAAUUACAAUGAUAUUUCUUGUGAACAAGGCUUCAUUGUGGUAGCAGGACACCAUACUCCCUCGACUUAUCAUUGAUGAUGCAUUGUAUUUAGCUAUGUCAUAUUUCAAUUUUCAGUUUUAUGUUGGACUAUGAACGAACUACUACGCUUCUUCUCUUGCUGUGCUAUUAAAAUUUGAACAAUAAAUUAACAUCUGGAAAUAAAUAUAUUUUGAUAAUGAUAAACAUCUGGCUUGAGCCAGAGAACAUUAGGUUUUCUUCUUGUUUUUGUUUCUUUUGCAGUGUAGAGUUAUUUCUGAAUUGUGCUUAUCAUUUGAUAUUUCCAAAAGUAGUUUUACUCUUUUAGGCCGGUUUGUUCAAUUGUAAUGUUUCUUUCAAAUUGGAAUUUAUGAUAUCACUCGAUUCAAAGGUGUUUAAAUGUGUUAUCAAAACUAAUAGUGUACUGUGUUUUUCUUUCAAGAAAUAAACGUUUUGAAUGUC